ACACAACUAUAGAGGUCCUGCCACAGCCUUAAAAAACAACAGAAAUAAACAUCUAACUAGGCUUAUUAUGACCAUGACGAAUGCCUAAUUUGAGUACUUUACACUCAUAAGAGACAGUUAAGUUGCCCCCCCCCCCGAGAAUUUGAAAAUGGCGUUCACUCUGAAAGAUGAAAGGCUCGUUAACCAUUGGGAUAGUGGUUCCCUAACCCCGUCAACAAGUAGCAAUGCAGAUAUCUUUAAUGGGAUGAAUACUAUGUUGGGAAACUCGCUGGUGCCUAGUGGAGUGAGCACCACCCCUUUCAAUGAGAGGAGCACAGACCAUCCACUUUCAGAACUGGGAGACAUUGGUACCUCUGUGAUGGACAAUUGCCUCCUUUCCACUCGAUCCAGGUCCUAUCGGGACCCCUCUCUGGGCCUGCAGAGUGGCCUGUUCACUGCAACCUUGCUGGGCAUGGGACUGGAAUCUCUUAGCCUGGCUGACUGGGGAAACAGCCUGGACCCUCCCUCACGCACCAGCCCACCUUCCAUCACCAAGCUGGGGCCCCAUCUUGGUUUGAGCAGCCUUGAGCCAGGGGGGAAGGCUGGGUCAAACAGCCACACGGAGAGCUGCACCCUGGACACCUGCUUUAACAGUCCCCCUGACUCUGAGACCAGUGGGUUCAGCUCUGGAUCAGAGCAUCUCUGUGACCUGCUGUCAAUACUGCAGAUCUCCCAUUCUGUGCCCCUACUAAAGUGUGGAGGGCAGAAAUACCUGUCUGCCUCCUGUCACCUGGAGCAGGACUCCUUGUUGCACCCACUGUCCCCUCUCCCCCCUGAGCUGGACCAGCAUCUCCUCAGUGUGGGCCCCCAGGGCAGUGUGGGCCCCCAGGGCAGGCGGUGGCCCCGGACCAUGGUGUGGCCCAGCUGGGGUGGGACCGCUCAGCGCCCCCUCAGCAUCGAGGCGGAGGCUCGUCUCCACAGACAGUGCGCAGCUCUGAACGAUGCCGCCCUUACAUGGAGGGGCCAACUGCCCCCCAAAAACUACAGAAACGCAAAGUACUCCUGUAAAGUCUUUCUGGGUGGCCUGCCUUGGGACACCACUGAAGCGAGACUGAAUAGCACGUUCAGUGUGUUUGGCCAUCUGAGCGUAGAGUGGCCUGGCAAGGACCUCAAAAACCCGCACUGCCCACCAAAAGGCUAUGUGUACCUGAUGUUUGAGGACGAGAGGUCUGUUGCGGCUCUGCUGAAGGCCUGCUCUCAGAGCCUGCUGAAGGCCUGCUCUCAGAGCCUGCUCCACCCGGAGGACUCACAGGAGUACUACUUUGAGAUGGCCAGCCGCAAAAUGCGCAUCAAAAAGGUGCAGGUGAUACCCUGGGUGCUGGCGGACAGUAACUAUUCCGUGUGCCCACCCCAGCGUCUGGUUCCCAGCAGAACGGUGUUCGUGGGUGGGCUGCAUGGCAUGCUGAACGCAGAGGCCCUGGCUCUCAUCAUGGACGACCUGUUUGGAGGGGUCGUUUAUGUCGGCAUCGACACUGACAGACACAAGUACCCCAUAGGGUCCGGCCGCGUGAGCUUCAGUACACAGAGCAGCUAUCUGAAGUCUCUACACGCUGCUUUUGUGGAGAUCAAAACACCAAAGUUCACCAAGAAGGUCCAGAUCGAUCCCUAUGUGGAAGACUCGGUGUGCCAGAGGUGUAGCCGCCAGCCGGGGUCCUUCUUCUGCAGAGACAUGGCCUGCUUCAAGUACUACUGCCGCACCUGCUGGCACUGGCAACACUCCAUGGAUGUGCUCUGCUGCCACAGGCCCAUCAUGAAGAACCAGAAAAGCCUGAACUUUAGCUGAGCCCCUCUGUCGCCACUCUCAGUGUACACAGGGAGGAGUGGGAUGGGGCCAAACAACUUGAGAGAAUUUUCACUUUUACCACGUUGAUCCCCCCACCACACUUAUGGCUGCUGUGGAGAAGUUGUGGUGAUCAGGGACUCCUUUUCUAUCCUCAAGUUGUUCCACACCAUGUGUUCAGAGCAGGAUGUUAAAGAGCCACAUUACAUGGCUUCUUCUCUUUAUUCAAACUUUUUAAUUUGACAUCUUUUUUAAGACUUGCUGCUGCCAUAGAAUUCCUUUUUUGAUAGUUCUUUUACUGGCACACUUUGCAAUGUAAUGCAUCCCUUUAGGAUGUAAACCAUAAACUUGUGAGGAUGUGCAGGUUCAGUGGCAUAUCUCAACAUUUUUAUUACAGGGUCUUACCUAUUUUUACAGUUUUAAGUGAAAACAUGAUAAUUUAACAAAACACUGGGGUUACUAUUUUAUUUGAGUUUGAUUGUCUACCUCAUGUGUUUCUG